UCUCUCUCUCUCCCCCGCAAACGAAUCUCCGUCUUGCCUCGCUUGCUCGCGUAGUCGCGUGCGUGCGACUGUGAGCCGUGAGGAGCGCCGCCGCCGCCGCCGCCGCGCCUCUCCUCUUCACCGCCGGCGCCCCUCUCCUCGUCACCGCCGCAGCACUCGAAGGUGCCAGUGUCGCCUAUCUUCCCGUCACCUGCACCGCUGCCUGCUGCCUCCGCCUCCGCCGUCAAACCCUAAGUGGGCUGUCGAGUUCACCGGCGAGGUGCUACCAAUUUUGAAAGAUGGCGGAUGAUGAACAGGCGCCAAGCUCUAGGAAGAGGGUGGCAGGUACCCAAAUCAACAAGGAUAAUCCUGAGCCUGAUGAUGACGGACCAGAGCAAGAGAUGGGUACGUUUAAGAAAGCUCCUGAGGAAGUGAUGGCAACCCGAAGAAUUGUAAAGGUUCGGCGCCAGCAGCCGUCGUCAGCUCCUUCUUCUAAUCCUUUCUCUGCAAUCAGAUUUACCCCCACGGAUUCUAGUGUUCAUGCAAGUGCCCCUGUCACAGAACCUCAACCUUCAGAAGUCAAAACUGAUGAGGGCAGCAAUGGUAGUGGUAAAGAUACUUCGCCUGUGCCGGACAAGAAUGCUGGCUCUGGUGAGGUAACUGAGAUUCAGAAGGAUGAAUCAGCUGUGAAAACUGACUCUGGUGCCACAACUGAAGCGCUGCCUCAACCUGUUGAAACCAGUGACAAGGCAGUAGACACAAAGGAUGGAUCUGGUGGAGACAUAGUAGUUGGAGAACCCAAGGAAGGUCACAGUGUGCCAUCUGAAGUUGAGGGCAAAACAAACGACGGAAAUGCCGCAGAAAAGGAAGGGGCAGAUGAAGCUGGAAAUGAAGAUAAAAUCAGUAAGGAUGAUACUGAGAAGAAAGAUGGAGGUGAAUCAGAGACCAAGGAUGGGUUGUCUGAUGAGCAGAAAGAUGCUGAUAACAAAGGGCAGUCCUCAUCAGCAGCACCUCUUUUCUCCUUUAAGAAUCUGUCAAGUGGUCAAAAUGCCUUCACAGGUCUGGCUGGAACUGGAUUUUCAAGCACAUCAUUCUCAUUUGGCUCGGCGUCUAAAGAUGGAUCAAGUGCUGGUCCCCUAUUUGGGCUGAAGACUGAUGGUUCUUCAUUCCCUUUUAACCUUGGUGCUACCAACAACGGUAGUUCCUCCACAGCGCUCGCUACUUCAGGAGAGGCACCCAAGAAAUUUGCUAUGACAGAGGGCCCUGUUGAAACUGGUGAAGAAAACGAGAAGGCUGCAUUUACUGCUGACUCUGCUUUGUAUGAGUACUUGGAUGGGGGCUGGAAAGAACGAGGAAAAGGUGAACUGAAGCUGAACGUCCCUGUAUCUGGUGAUGAGAGAGCCCGGCUCGUCAUGAGGACCAAGGGAAAUUACCGGUUGGUCCUGAACGCGAGCCUCUAUGACGACAUGUCGCUCAAGGACAUGGACAAGAAGGGUGUGACUUUCGCCUGCAUGAACAGCAUUGGCGAGUCGCAGGGCGGCCUCGCGACGUUCGCUCUGAAGUUCAAGGACACCGCCACGAGGGAGGAGUUCAAGGGUGCGGUGGAGGCUCACAAGGCGAGGAAGGCACCUGACGCGCCGCUGAAGACGCCCGAGAACUCCCCGAAGGCAUCCGAGGUCUGAAGCCUGCCAAUCACGCGUACGCAUCCUUAGUAAUUGUCCAGGAAAAAGGAGCCGAGAGAUACUGUCCGUUAUUUGCGGAGUUUUAAGUAAGAUGUCUGUAUCACACCAUGAUGAUCUCCUGACUUGUGACUGCAUACGGUUUCCUGAUGCUGUUUUUUUGGAACAGUGGGUAGCCUGGCGAACUUUGUUAAAGUCAUAAUCUUAGUAGCCUGGAGAUGAGACUGUUUUGUUCUAUAUAUGCUUUUGUACUGUGCCCCCUUUAUGCA